GACACUGUUGACAUGCGAACAUAAACAGUUGUUAGCGGUGGCUAACUAUGCUCGAAAUUUUUUCGGCACGCAGUACAAAAGUCAUGUCAUGAAAGUGGCGGUACUCUCAUUGUUGAGUCUUUUGCCUUUCUGUGUGUGGCUUUACAAAUCAGUCUUUAACUCAUCUGUUAAGUUGUGUUCCAGUUAACACUCGAUAGUACAUGUCAUGUAUAUUCUGUCUAAGGUAAAAGCAGUACCUAGCAAAACUCUUCCUGUUUCCUUGAAUAAUGGUAGUAGAGGUAGAGAGCUUCUUCGGUGUGUACAUGCUGUACUGUAUUAAUCCUAAAUUCAAAGGCCGUAUCUACAUCGGCUUCACUGUGAACCCAGAGCGGCGGAUCGGACAGCACAACGCUGGACGACACAGAGGGGGAGCCAAAAGGACCAGUGGCAGAGGACCAUGGGAGAUGAUCUUAAUAAUGCAUGGCUUUCCUUCUGAUAUUGCUGCUUUGAGGUUUGAGUGGGCGUGGCAGCAUCCCCACUCCUCCAGGCGGCUCUCCCAUGUUUCUCGUCGCUCUAGAAAAGAGUCAAGUUUGCAGUUCCACUGGCGCGUCGUGUCUAACAUGCUGCGGGUGGCACCGUGGAACCGACUGCCUCUGACAGUCCGCUGGCUCAAACAGGAGUACAGGAUGGACUUUGAGCCCAGUCUUCAGCCUCCUCUGCACAUCCCCAUCGCUUUUGGCAGUGUGAGGGCCAAGAAGAAGCUGCCGCUACAGUCUGCAGGGGAAGGAGAUACAUCCAGGUGUUUUCUCUGCAAGGGGCUGGUCAAGGUAUCAGAGAAGCUGAGCUGUUUCCACCCAUCCUGUGGGAUGAGCAGUCAUUUAAUCUGCAUUGCCAGAUAUUUCCUAAAGUCAGAGCCUUCCCACCUGCUACCAGUGGAGGGACAGUGUCCAGCCUGUCAUCACUCAGUGCUGUGGGGCAGCCUCAUCCGCCAUAAACAUGGCUGCUUUGGAGACCUGGAGGAGAUCACACCAUCUGCUUCCCAAAGCCACUGGGCAGAUGAACUGCAGAUAUGAACAAGUGUACCCCGCAAAAGUGAAUUUCCUAAAUUUCUAAAAUGUCGCACUGUCAGAAUAUCAGGAGCACUAUGUGCAAUGGAGUUUGCUUUUUAACCUGAACAGUAUUGUAUAGAAAUGUGAUUUAUUUUUAAUAUUUUGUCAUGAAUUUAAUCUUUUUAAUCAUGUUUGCAAAAGUAAUUUUUAAUGUAUUCCAUAUUUCUAUAAAAUACAUUUUUAAUUAAUUGUGUGACAAAUAAAAACAAUUUUUUAUACUUUACUGAUUUCAUAUAGGAGCCUACCCAUGCAAAAAAAAUGUCAAGUUAUUAAUUUAUUGUAAAUUGAUGUUGCUUUUCUUUUACUUUUUUGUAUUGUUUAUGCUGGUUCUGGUUGUAUAGAAAGCAGAAUUAACAACAGCAAAAAUUAAAGUCUGGUAACUGGUGAUAGACAUUUUUGUUCUAUUGAUAGUAAAUAGGCUAUGGAUGCUCUUAUUAAGUUGAUAACCAACUACAAACAUUGCAGAUAUUCUGUGGUUAUAACAAAUUAUUCCUGUAAUUCUUUGUGUCUUUCCCCUGAAUAGUGUUCAGUGAACUUGUUUCUGCUUGGGUGUAGUACGUUUGUCGUCCUUUUGAAAAAAUGGACAAAACCAUUUUUAGAGUUUACGUUCAACAAAAAGCCACUUGUCACACCGUGAUUACUCGUGAUCUCUCUUUAGCUUUUAUGAGGCUUAUGAAAGCAGCUGGCUACACCAGCAAUGAUUAGGUUUUUUUAUAGGAAAGUUGGCAAAAAUGUGCAGCAUACAAAAUAAGUAAACACACCUAUCACUCAAACAUCAAGUGAUUGAUAAUCCCUGACACCAGUUAGAAAACUUAUGAUCACUGAGACCAACUCAGGUACACCUGUGAUUUCCAUUCAGUUACAGAAUGACCUGUGGAUGCCAGAAUUUUAUUGUUUUUGGAUGUGGACUGUGCCUAUGUAUUCACUGAAAUGUUAAGAUCUGAUUGUGACACUCCACAAAGAUGGAAAAAACACAAGGAAGAUCUGUGACCAACUGAAACUCUGCACACAGUUGGAGUAGUGAUCAGGAGGUAUCAAAAUCAGAAAAGUGUACUGCCGAGCAAAAACAGGCUGAAAAAAUAGUCUCUGAAAAUGACAAAAAGUCUAUUCAGAAAUGUGUACAACACUUGUAUCCUCAGUGAUGAGUAGGAUAGUGUCAGCCAUCCCAAUCAAAGGUCAACAUACAUAGUAUUGAAAAAAAGAUUUGAAUCUCUAUGAUGAAACUGAAUGUAAUAUUCAGUUUCGACUGAGUGGCCGAUAAUUUUCAUGUAGUAAAUUUAACUUAAUUUUAAUUUUUCAUGCAUUAUAUUAUGCUGUUCAACUUAGCAGUAGCAUAAUUACUAAGAGUUGAUAGAAUUUUUAAUCAUUUCACAUUUUAUUGAUAUUGCACGGUUAUAUAUUUGAAAAUUAUCCGCUGCGGGAUCAAUAAAGGUUUAAUCUGUCUGUCUAUCUGUGUACUCAUUUGGUUUGUAUACUGUAGAUUAGCAUGUAUGAAGAGUUCAGUAAAAAAAGACAGAGCUGCUAAGAGAUACAUGUGUGAUAGUCUGUUAAAAAAACAAUAAAAUAAAAACAGUGGAACUUA